UCUCUCUCUCUCUCCUCUUCUCUCUCUCUCUAAGUCUCUAACAGAGGAAGAAACUCAGACUCUCUCUCUCUACAAAAAAUAAAGAAAGAAAAAUACUGCCCCGAGUCACAAUACCCGACUCACUGAGUCACUGUGCCUCCACGACUCGCCCAUCUCGCUUCUCUCUUUGCUUUGAAGAAGAAUUACAGACCAAAAUAUCUUUGUGCUCUCGCAGAUCCAACUCCUCUCUCCUCUUCUUCUCUAGCUUUGGCUUGUUGACCAAGAUAAGUUGAUGGAUUGGAGCUUCAGUCGUGAUCACAAUUGGUACUGUGGUAAUUUUGGUAGAGCUUGGGUUUCAGUGUUGAUGAAUCCAUAGCUUUGGAGUGUAUCAGUUUAGAGAGUCUGGAGUUAUUGAUAGCCAAAAGAGUUGCAUUUGAUUCUUUUGAUAAUUCAUAAGUUCUUGGCUCUUAGUGUUACUAAUUUUUUUUUUUUCUUUCAAAUUUUUGUAUGGAAGUUGUGAAUAGUAGUUAUUGAAAAUUAUAUUUGGUGGUGAAAAAAAAAUGGGGGGAAUAUGCUCUAGAACGAGGAGAUCCUCUAUAGACAAUGUCAUAAAUGAUGAACCUCCAGGAAACCAUGUUCAUGCUAAUGGCCAUUCCAAUAAUGGGUCUUACGCACUUCCCAUGAAACCGGAAAGCAAUUCUACUCCUUCCUCAGCUAGUCAGAGCAUGGAUAUGCAGUUACGUGAUCCUUUUUCUUUUCAAGAGGUAAAUAUAAUUCCUUACGGGCUUGGCUCGGACGAUACCAAUGAUGGGAUUCCUCGAUUGUCUAGGGUCUUGUCGAACAAAUCCAGAUCUACCAAGUCUAAGCAGGCUGCUGUUGCAAAGGUAUCAGAAGUGAGCUCACUUUUGGGUAGGGCUGGUACUGCUGGCUUUGGGAAGGCAGUAGAAGUAUUGGACACACUUGGUAGUAGCAUGACAAAUUUGAAUCUGAGUAGCAGUUUUACUGCAGGGGUGACAACAAAAGGGAACAAAAUUUCUAUACUUGCCUUUGAAGUUGCUAAUACAAUUGUUAAAGGUUCCAAUCUAAUGGAAUCCCUUUCGAAAGAUAACAUUAAACGUUUAAAAGAGGAUGUGUUGAUAUCUGAAGGAGUGGAGAAUUUAAUAUCGCGAGACAUGGAUGAACUCCUAAGAAUUGCUGCAUCUGACAAGAGAGAUGAAUUGAAUGUAUUUUCUGGAGAAGUGGUACGUUUUGGAAAUCGUUGUAAGGAUCCUCAGUGGCACAACUUGGAUCGAUAUUUUGAGAAGUUGGGUUCUGAACUUACACCGCAGAAGCAAUUGAAGGAAGACGCAGAAACACUUAUGGAGCAAUUGAUGACUUUGGUUCAACAUACUGCUGAAUUAUAUCACGAGCUACAUGCUUUGGACCGAUUUGAACAAGACUAUAAACGUAAACAUCAUGAAGAGGAUAAUUCGAAUGCUGCUCAAAGAGGAGACAGCCUUGCAAUUUUAAAAGCAGAAUUAAAAAGUCAAAGGAAGCACGUGAGAAACUUGAAGAAAAAAUCCCUCUGGUCCAAGAUUCUGGAAGAGGUAAUGGAGAAGCUUGUUGAUGUGGUACAUUUCUUACAUGUGGAGAUUCAUGAAGCUUUUGGUAGUGCUGAUGGUGAUAAACCAAUAAAAGGUUCACAGAACAAGUUGGGCUCAGCCGGUCUAGCAUUGCAUUAUGCAAAUAUUAUUACACAAAUUGAUACUCUUGUGUCACGGUCAAGUUCUGUGCCUCCUAACACAAGGGAUGCCUUAUAUCAAGGGCUUCCACCUAGUAUAAAGUCAGCUUUGCGUUCAAAAUUACUGUCAUUUCAGGUCAAGGAAGAGCUUACAAUUCCACAAAUCAAAUGUGAAAUGGAGAAAACAUUGCGUUGGCUUGUCCCCAUUGCAAAUAAUACGACCAAGGCUCAUCAUGGCUUUGGUUGGGUAGGAGAAUGGGCAAAUACAGGGACCGAUGUAAACCGAAAACCUGCUGGUCAGACUGACUUGUUAAGGAUCGAGACUCUACAUCAUGCAGAUAAGGAUAAAACCGAAGCAUAUAUUCUUGAACUAGUGGUGUGGCUUCACCAUUUGGUCAGCCAAGCAAGGGCUGGAAAUGGUGGCAUUAGGUCUCCUGUGAAAUCUCCAAUACGCUCUCCAAACCAGAAGACGAUUCAGCUAUCUUCGGGCAAACCCAACUGUCCAUCGCCUUUGUUGACUGUCGAAGAUCAAGAGAUGCUUCGCGACGUGAGCAAAAGAAAACUGACACCCGGGAUAAGCAAGAGUCAAGAAUUCGACACUGCAAAGACCAGGUUAAGCAAACACCAUAGACUGAGUAAGAGUAGUAAUCACUCCCCAACAGGUGAAACUAGGAGAGAUCCAUUUCCCAUUAGAAGACCGUCCUCUGUUCCCGUCAUUGACUUUGACAUAGACCGGAUCAAAGCGCUGGACCUCAUUGAUCGAGUUGACACAAUUCGAAACAUUUAGGGAGAAAAUGAUGAUACGCCGAACUUGCUAGGGGGAAGGAUUCUCUUCUCCGGCAGCACGUUCAGAACAGACCCACCUCUGCAUUUUUCAUUGUCAACUUGUGAGCAGCAGAGCCUUUGGAUUUCGGAGGCCGUGGCUAGCUAUUUUAUGCGUGAAUUAGUAAGAAAAAAAAAACAGAUAGGUGAGUGACAAAAGUGGUUGCUGUUUUUUGAAUGUGGAAGUCAUGUGAAAAAUUAGGGUGAUAAGUAACAUGUGGUUCGAGGGAAAUUUAAUUGCUUGUAGAGAUGGAAAAUGGACGGAUAUGUGGUUUAUAGUUUUCCUUUGUUCUAUGUGUACAGAGUAAAUUAAUAAUUAAAUGUUAAAUGUUUUAUGCAUUUCUGUCAAAUUUUGUUUAUCUUAUGUAGACAUACAAUACAAUUAUGAAAAUGUAAUCUUUAUUUAUUUGUUAA